AUGCGUUUCGGCAAAACCCUCCAGUCGUCAAUCUACGCGCCAUGGCGCGACUACUACAUUGACUAUGCAAAGCUCAAGCGUCUGCUGCACGAGGGCGACGACAGCGACUCGGAACGCGGCCCCACCUCCCGCACCGACGAGAGCUACGAGGGCCGUCCCUGGACCGAGAACGACGAGUCCGUGUUCGUCGAGGAGCUCAUCAACGUGCAGCUCGAGAAGGUCAACAACUUCCAGCGCAUGAUGGGCGACCAGCUCAAGGAGCGCACGGCAAAGCUCGAGGCCCGCAUGGAAAAACUCUCGGCGGCCUCGGGUGACGACAAGAAGGAGGAGAUUAGCGAGGAUGAGAAGCAGAAGCUGCUCAAGCAGACGCUGGACGAGCUGGACGCAAUCACGAGCGACAUUGACGAGCUCAAGGUGUUUUCCAGGGUCAAUUUCACGGGUUUCUUGAAGGCGGCGAAGAAGCACGAUCGUCGCCCGAGAGGGGCGCCCCAGCAGCAGCAGAAGGGCAAGGGGAAGGGCAAGGCGAGCUCGGGCGUGGGGGAGUACAAGAUUCGCCCGCUGCUGCAGGUCAGGCUGAGUGCAUUAGAGUUCAACAAGGAGGACUACAGCCCGCUGUUGUACAGACUCUCGGCCAUGGACACUUUUAUCCGUGAGAACCUGAAAGACGGACCCGGCCAGACCCGUGCGUCCUCAGUUGCGUCCGGCCCACAGGCUGGCCACCGAAAAUACACCUCGCACAAGUUCUGGGUGCACCCGAGCAAUGUUGCCGAGGUCAAGACGUUCAUCCAGCGCCGUCUCCCCAUUCUGAUCUAUAACCCGCAGCCCUCGAAGGAGAUUGAGGCCAAUCGCCGUGACCCAACGAUCAACUCUCUGUACUUUGACAACCCCAAGUUCUCACUCUACACUGACAAGAUCUCAAAGACACCCGAAGCCGCCUCGCUCCGUCUCCGCUGGUAUGGCCAGCUUUCACAGAAGCCCGACAUCAGCAUUGAGCGCAAGACGCUCAAGGGCGGUGCUGCAGAGAACGACUCUGAGGGCGCAAUCGAGGAGCGCAUCGUCAUCAAGGAAAAGUACGUCAAGGACUUCAUCAACGGCUCCUACUCCAUGGAGAAGAACAUCCAAAAGAUGAAGGACCGCGGCAACAAGAGCGAGGACGUCAACCGCUACGAGGCCCUCGUCGAGUCGCUCCAGGCCUUCAUCAAGGAGAAGAACCUCGAGCCCGUCAUGCGCGCCGUCUACACGCGCACCGCCUUCCAGAUCCCCGGCGACGACCGCAUCCGAGUGUCGCUCGACACCGACCUCGCGCUCAUCAGGGAGGACUCGCUGGACCUGGAGCGCCCCUGCAGGGACCCCGAGGACUGGCACAGACAGGACAUUGACGACGCGCAGAUGGAGUACCCGUUCAACGGGCUGCGCAAGGGCGAGAUCUCGCGCUUCCCGUACGCGCUGCUCGAGAUCAAGGUGCUCGAGUCGGCGCUCCGCGGGCGCAGCAAGGAGUGGGUCCAGGACCUCAUGAACUCGCAUCUCAUCAAGAGCGCGCCGCGCUUCAGCAAGUUUGCGCACGGCGUCGCCGUCCUCUUUGACGACCACGUCAACAGCUUCCCCUUCUGGCUCAGCGAGCUGGACAAGGACAUCCGCCAGGACCCCAAGCAGGCCUGGGAGGCCGAGCAGGAGAAGGCCAAAAAGCAGAUCGAGGACGAGACAAUCGUCGGCAGCUUCAUCCCCGGCGCCCGCGACUUUGGCGGCCGCGCCGGCGCGCCACGCAGCGCUGCCGGCGGAUACAGCCAGACGCCGCCAAACGCGGACCGCCGCUUCCCGAUGAUCAUGCAGGCCGGCGGCGCAGGCAAGAAGCAGCCGCAGGAGGACGUCGUAGAGGUGAACAGCGAGGACACGGACGAGGACGAGGACGACACGGGCACGGACGACGAAGAUAAGCCUACGACCGUCGCGACCAUCGCCGGCCUGCGUAACCUCUUCCCGACCUUCUCGACCUCGCGCUACGGCCACGCCCACCGCGCAGCAGUCAAGCUCCCGCCGGGCGUGCAGAAGCCGGGGACCCUCAUCAUGCACUCGGGGCCCGUGCAGGUCGAGGCAAAGGUGUGGCUUGCCAAUCAACGAACGUUCCUGAAGUGGCAGCAUGUUUCGAUCUUGCUCGCGAGUUUGAGUAUCGGGCUGUAUAACGCCGCGGGCCCGCAUAACGUUAUCGCGAGGUGGCUGGCGCUGGUGUAUACGUGCAUUGCGGUCUUUGCGGCGGGGUGGGGGUACGGCAUGUAUAUGUGGCGCUCGAAGCUGAUUCGGGAGCGCUCGGGCAAGGAUUUUAAUAAUGCGCUGGGACCGGUGGUGGUAUGUGUGGCGCUGGCGGUGGCGUUGGCGGUCAAUUUUGCGUUCCAGUAUCGUGCGGCGAUGGAGAAGCAUCACCGCCAUCACCGUAAUGGUACCGAGCUUAUGGAGCUGGGCGCGGAGACGGCGAAGUAUCUGUCUGGGCUCGAGCUCUAG